AUGACCUGUGGAUCCUCCUGUCUGAGAUCGCGCAGUAGAGCCUGCAGGGCUCCUGUGACCCCUCGGAGCUUCUCCUCCAGCUGCGCCUCGGCCUGCGGGCCCCGGCCCAGCCGCUGCUGCGUCUCCGCCGCCCCCUACCGCGGCGUCUCCUGCUACCGCGGCCUCUCCGGGGGCUUCGGCAGCCGCAGCGUCUGCGGGGCCUUCCGCUCGGGCUCCUGCGGACGCAGCUUCGGCUACCGCUCCGGGGGCGUCUGCGGACCCAGCCCGCCCUGCAUCACCUCCGUGUCCGUCAACGAGAGCCUGCUCGCGCCCCUCAACCUGGACAUCGACCCCAACGCGCAGUGCGUGAAGCACGAGGAGAAGGAGCAGAUCAAGGGUCUCAACAGCAGGUUCGCGGCCUUCAUCGACAAGGUGCGCUUCCUGGAGCAGCAGAACAAGCUGCUGGAGACCAAGUGGCAGUUCUACCAGAACCGCACGUGCUGCGAGAGCAACCUGGAGCCGCUGUUCAAAGGCUACAUCGAGACGCUGAGGCGGGAGGCCCAGGGCGUAGAGGCCGACAGCGGGAGGCUGGCCGCGGAGCUCAACCAUGCUCGGGAAGUGAUGGAAGGCUACAGGAAGAAAUAUGAGGAAGAGGUGGCCCUGAGGACCACGGCUGAGAAUGAGUUGGUCAGAAUCAAGCAGGAUGUUAACUGUGCGUAUGUGAGCAAGGGAGACCUGGAGGCCAAUGCCCACAGCUUUGUGGAGGAGAUUGGCUUCUUGAAGGCCUUAUAUGAGGAGGAAAUCAGAAUCCUCAAUGCCAACAUCUCAGACACCUCUGUCAUUGUCAAAAUGGACAACAGUAGGGACCUGAACGUGGACUGCAUUGUGGCUGAGAUCAAAGCUCAAUAUGACGACAUCGCCACCCGUAGCCGAGCCAAGGCUGAAUCCUGGUACCGCAGCAGGUAUGAGGAGAUCAAGGCCACGGUGAUCCGGCAUGGGGAGACCCUGCGCCGCACCAGGGAGGAGAUCAACAAGUUGAACCGCAUGAUCCAGAGGCUGACGGCCGAGAUCGAGAACGCCAAGUGCCAGAAUGCCAAGCUGGAGGCCGCGGUGACCCAGUCGAAGCAGCAGGGCGAGGCGACCCUCAGCAAUGCCAAGGGCAAGCUGGCAGGGCUGGAGGCCGCCCUGCAGAAGGCCAAGCAGGACAUGGCCUGCCUGCUCAAGGAGUACCAGGAGGUGAUGAACUCCAAGCUGGGCCUGGACAUCGAGAUGGCCACCUACCGGCGCCUGCUGGAGGGCGAGGAGCACAGGCUAUGUGAAGGCAUCCGUGCUAUGAAUAUCUGUGUGAGCAGCUCCCAAGGUGGAGUGAUUGGUGGGGGCCUGUCUACCACCCGUACUUGCGGUACCAGCUCUUGUGGCCUGGGAUCCCGUGGCAGCAGCUGCAGGAAGUGCUAAGUUGGCAGGGGUUAGGGAUGCAUGGAAGCCCCUGCCUUCUCACCCCAAGUGGGU